CGUUUGUGUUUUUGAAGUGCGAUUUGCAUUGCCAAGCGUUGCAUAGCCUGAUUUGAGACUUGUUACACUAAUCGUACAAUUCUAUACAUCAUGGGGAAGAAAGCCAACAAGAAGAAAGCCACGGCCGAACAGGCUGCAGCGAGCACGGAGAUACCAGCACAGGACGCCGAGAAAGAUAGUCCUGUGUCAAACAAUACUCCAAUAUCCGAGGAGACAUUGGGAGAACCGGGUCCGAUCAUUGAGGAGAUUGUUGACGCGCCGAUAUCUCAGCCCCAGUCUACAGAUGUCGCUCCCACGUCUUCGUUGGAAUCAUCCAUACCCACCUCGGUCGAUCAGCCGGAGGUUCACGAAGGACAAAAGCUCGAUGCAGAUGUAUCAGAUACAUCUGUAAAUGGACCUCCGCUGAACCCUUCAAGCACGAUCAUUCCGAAAUCUGUCACUGUAGAGGAAGAGAAAGAAGAGCCUUCGACGAGCGCAAAAGAGCCGGCCGCAGACUUCGAACCACAAGUGACGCAGGCUUCAGUGUCGGCUAUGCAGCCUCCCCAAGUAACAUCGCCGGUACCACAGACUCAGCCACAGCAAGUUCCAGUAUCGCAGUCAAAGUCACAGUCAGUGCCGACACCAGCUUCAGCAUCAACUCCAGCGCCAGCAUCGGAGCAGCAGAUAGCUCCGGUGUCAGUAUCCCCAGCGGAACCAGUAGGCCCGCAAGUCACUGCAACACGUAGACCCUCAAGCACGGACUCGUUUAAACGACGAUCGGAAAUCAACGCUGGUACUGCUUGGAAAGCUCUAGGGACUCGUUCGCAUGCUCAAGAUGAGACAAGUUCAACCAAGUCAUACCGUAGCUCUUCCACUACCACGGAAGCAGAAGUUCUAGCAGAUACACGCGAGAGAGAACACUUACGUACCAGUCGUUUACAGGAUUCUAUCCAGAAUCCUCCUCCUCCCCCUGCACCUUCAGUCCCUCCAUCUCCUAUGGCACGUUUCGCUCAGCCGUUCCCUGAUGUAAGACCAGCUCCACGGAUCCCGGAUCACUCACAUCGUUACUAUCCAGAAACUGUUGGGCAGCACAAUCCACCUCCUUCAUAUUACAACCAACGACAUUAUGGGCAUCCUGUCCAAGGAGGUCAGCCAACGCCUCCCUAUCACUCCGGACACUCUUACUCGCCCAUGGAGGGCUCUUAUCGUGACACCAUGGGUCCUCGCGGGAAUGUACACGAGGACUUCUUGCACAGGCCCCCUCCAGUCCCGGGGCAGCUGCUGCUUGAAGGAGGCGAUGAAGCAAACAAGAUUAUUGGCCAGCUGUCCUCCACUAUCCCUGAGAUUCAGCGUCUCAUGGCUCGCUACCACGAAACACAGGGCAAGCUCGGAGAGCGGGAGGAACGCAUUCGCGAGGCCGAGGCCAAGCAGGAAGAAAUUUUGAGACAACAGGAUGAGAAACUCAGAGACCAGUAUGAGUACAUAUACUCCUUACGAAGGGACUUGGACUCGGCUCGAACGCUACAUGCCGCAGACAGUGAUAAAUUCCGGCACGAGCUUGGCAACUUCCAAGACCAGCAGAGAGGGCUGCAGGAUCGCAUCAGGGAGGCGGAAGUCAAGAGCAAGGACCUUGAAGGACUUAAAGCCCAGUCAGAGGCUCAGAUCGCUGCGCUCGAGAAGGAGAAAGCAUCGUUGGACAAGGCUAUACCUGAGGAACGCGAGCGACUGAUGAAGGAGUUUGACGAGUGGAAGAUUAAGGCCAAGGAAGAAGCCGACGCGCAGCAUAUGGCAAUCGCCUCAGCGCUGCUUGACAAGGAGAAAGACCAUGAAGCGGAGCUCGCGAAGAAGAUGGACGAAAUGAAGCAAAUCCAUGACAGCAACACCCAACAGCUGGAAGAGCAGUUUGCAAAGACGAAGACUGAGCUAGAAUCACAAGUCACUCUACUCCGCGGCGAGCUCGACGACUCGAUCAAAAGGGCGAACGAGCUGGCCGCUGAUCAUGAGACGCUGAAGCAGACAGCAGCUGAUCACCAAACGAAAGUUGAAGACUGGGAAGUGGAACGAACGAAGAUGAGAGAUGAGUGGGAAGGGGAGCAUACACAAGCCAAGAACGGCUGGGACACGGAGCGGCAGCAGCUACAGCAGCAGAAUGAAGAGCUGACGAAGAAUCUCGCAACUGCACAGCAGGGUUGGGAUCAAGAUAAGCUCAAGUUGGAGGCCCUAGUCUCAGAGCUUCGCCUGGUUUCAGAGACUCUUGGGUCGGAGAAAGAGCGGCUGUCAAAACUUCUAUCAGCGUCUGUGACUACUGAUCUCAAGAGCAAGGGGGAUGCGUACUACAAAGAUGCCCUAGAGACACUCUGUCGUCACACCUUGCAACUCGCCAACGAACACUUUGACACUUGCCCACCAAAUCUUUCUGCAGAGACCACUUCAACGAUCCCCUCGGAGCUCCCACCCUUUCUCGCCAACACACCCCCUGCCAAGCACGUUCGCACAGCAUACAUAGCCCACCUGAUCUCCACAAUCCUCACCCGCCGCAUAUUUUCCCCCUUCCUUUUCAGCCUACCCCGGUCCGACACCGCCACCGACACCCUGCUCGCAUCCAUGAGCUCCCAUCUCCAGCUCAAAAGCACAAAGAAAGAGGCCAUCUGGCGCCAGCACACCCUGACAGCCGCAUUCCAGUGCGACGGUGCAAAGGCACAGAUCAACAGCGUCGCAGGCUCGGUCGUGGAAGACAUCACCGCCGCACUCAAGCCGUUCGCGCUGCCUGCAGCACGGAGCGACGUCAAUGCCGCCGUGCGACGGAUCGUCAAGCUAGCGGCAGAGACGUGGCGAUUGGCGCGACUGGAGCGCGACUGUAUCACUGCAUCCAUGGGUGACGCGCCUCCUGGCGCCGCUCUAUGGCUGCCGUACGACACGAGCACGGCUACUCUGGAGGGCGACGUGAGCCUCAGCCGCUGCGCGCCUGACAUGCCCGCGCAUGCGAAUGCAGACGCCAAAGUCGUGCUCCGCGUAUUCCCCAGCUUCCGGCGCGCGCCGACGCCGCGGGAGAUGAGGCUGACGGACGAGGAAGCGGAUGACAAGGGAUGUGUUUACAGCUGCGGGCUGGCGCUGUAUGAGGAUUCCGACGUUAUUGUGGAACGACGGGAGGAGCUUGGCCGGACGCUGGAUCUGGAGAGUAUCGUGCCGGAGAAGGCUGUGUCGGUGGCGUCGAGGGCGCCGUCUGUGGCCGCCGGUACGACGGCUGUGCUGGCGCCGAGGGAGAGCGUUGUUGGGUCGGGGAGUGGACGGGCGGAGAGCGCGGCAGGCUCGCAGACGGGGAGCGUGAAGCCAUAUUCUAGGAUUCUUGUGCCGCCGAGUGCGACGUCUGAGAAGGGUGGGUCGGUGAGCGGCUCGCCGGCGGGUUCGAGUGUUGGGUUACUGUCGGCUGCGAGAUCUGCGCUGGGGUCCAGCGUCAAGUCUGCCGGUUCUGGUCGAGCGGCGUCGGUGAAGUCGGGGGUUGCGAAGGCGGACGAGGAAAAGGCUGGUGCUGCAAAGCCAGAAGCACAGGGUGACAAGGUAAAAGGCUGAAGAACCGAAGGCUGAAGAAUCGAAGCCAGAGGAGCCAAAGGCUGAAGAAGCAAAGACUGAAGAGCCGAAGGCUGAAGAAGCAAAGCCAGAGGAGCCAAAACCUGAC